AUGGAAAAUCAGUCAGUUGAUUCAAAUUUACAGGAGCAAUUAUAUUCCUAUGGGCAGUCACAUAAUGAGGCAAAUACAAAUAUUUCCAAAGGAAGAAAAGGAAGGGCUGGGAGUGAUAAAAAGAAUGCAGUUGACUGGGACACGUUGAGAAAACAGGCACAGGCCAAUGAUAGGAAAAAGGAAAGAAAUAAGGAAACAAUGGACUCACUGGACUAUGAAGCACUUAUAAGUGCUAAUGUUAAAGAUAUUUCAGAUGCAAUAAAGGAGCGAGGGAUGAACAACAUGCUAGCUGAGCGAAUCCAGGAAUUUCUAAACCGGCUGGUUAGGGAACAUGGAAGCAUUGAUCUGGAAUGGUUAAGAGAUGUUCCCCCAGAUAAAGCAAAGGAUUAUCUAUUAAGUAUACGGGGAUUGGGCUUGAAAAGUGUGGAGUGUGUCCGGCUUUUAACGCUUCACCACCUUGCUUUCCCGGUUGACACAAAUGUCGGAAGGAUAGCAGUACGACUGGGAUGGGUCCCUCUCCAACCACUACCCGAAUCUCUUCAGUUACACCUCCUAGAAAUGUACCCAAUGCUGGAGUCAAUUCAAAAGUAUCUAUGGCCAAGAUUAUGCAAACUUGAUCAACUAACCCUCUAUGAGCUGCACUACCAGAUGAUUACAUUUGGAAAGGUUUUCUGCACAAAGAGUAAACCGAACUGCAAUGCAUGUCCAAUGAGAGGAGAAUGCAGACACUUCGCAAGUGCUUUUGCAAGUGCACGACUUGCCCUGCCAGGGCCAGAAGAGAAGAGCAUUGUGAGUUCAAGUGUUUCAGUUGAAGCCGAGAUAAAUCCUACUGUAGCUGUCACUCCCAUGUCAUUGCCUCCACCUGUUUCAAUUGCUGAGAUAAAUCCUACUAUAGCUGUCACUCCCAUGUCACUGCCUCCACCUGAAAACAACUCACUCCAGAAAGCAAGUACUGAAACUAACAAGUGUGAACCAAUCAUUGAAGAACCAGCAACGCCAGAACAAGAGUUCACAGAGCUUUCGCAAAGUGACAUUGAGGACUUAUUCUACGAGGAUCCUGACGAGAUUCCUACCAUCAAACUCAACAUGGAAGAGUUCACAGCGACUUUACAAAAUUAUAUGCAAGAAAAUAUGGAGCUCCAAGAAGGUGACAUGUCCAAGGCCUUAGUUUCCUUGAAUCGAGAAGCCGCUUCUAUCCCUACACCCAAGCUAAAGAAUGUCAGUCGACUCCGGACAGAGCACCAAGUGUAUGAACUACCAGAUUCACAUCCACUCUUGGAAGGGAUGGACAAACGAGAGCCAGAUGAUCCUAGCCCAUACCUUCUUGCUAUAUGGACACCAGGUGAAACUGCAAAUUCAAUUCAACCACCAGAAAGCAGGUGUGGCUCCCAAGACCAAAACAAAAUGUGCAAUGAGAAGACAUGCUUUUCAUGCAAUAGCAUAAGGGAAGAAAAUGCACAAACAGUCAGAGGGACAAUUUUGAUACCUUGUAGAACAGCAAUGAGAGGGAGCUUUCCACUCAAUGGCACAUACUUUCAAGUUAAUGAGAUGUUCGCAGAUCAUGAUUCUAGUCACAGCCCAAUUGAUGUUCCAAGGGGGUGGAUAUGGAAUUUGCCAAGACGGACCGUAUACUUUGGAACUUCUGUAUCAACAAUUUUCAAAGGUCUAUCGACAGAGGGAAUUCAAUACUGCUUUUGGAGAGGUAUGUGA